UUAAGGGGGCGGGCCGGCGGGAGGCUGGGGUCCUUGGGAGGAUUAGCGCUAGGUGGGCACGCGCCUCGGGCCGCCAUUUCUUGGCGUCUCUAGAGGAGCCGCCCGCUCGUCCGUUUCCCUCGGGACCUCUUCCCUCGCGCCGCCGGCUCUCCGCGCCGUCUUCGCCGCCGCGCUUCGGUCCCCAGCCCAGUGACAAAAAUGCUGAGCUUUUUCCGUAGAACACUUGGGCGUCGGUCAAUGCGCAAACAUGCCGAGAAGGAACGGCUCCGAGAAGCCCAGCGAGCUGCCACGCACAUCCCUGCCGCUGGGGACGCGAAGUCCGUCAUCACGUGCCGGGUGUCUCUUCUGGACGGCACUGAUGUUAGUGUGGACUUGCCGAAAAAAGCCAAAGGACAAGAGCUGUUUGAUCAGAUAAUGUACCACUUGGACCUUAUUGAAAGUGACUAUUUUGGACUGAGAUUUAUGGAUUCUGCGCAAGUAGCACACUGGUUAGAUGGUACAAAGAGCAUCAAAAAGCAAGUAAAAAUUGGUUCACCCUAUUGUCUGCAUCUUCGAGUUAAAUUUUAUUCCUCAGAACCAAAUAAUCUUCGUGAAGAGCUAACCCGGUAUUUAUUUGUUCUUCAGUUAAAACAAGAUAUUCUCAGUGGAAAGCUAGAGUGUCCUUUUGAUACGGCAGUUCAGUUGGCCGCUUAUAAUCUGCAAGCUGAACUUGGUGACUAUGAUCUUGCUGAGCAUAGUCCUGAACUUGUAUCUGAGUUCCGAUUCGUGCCCAUUCAGACUGAAGAGAUGGAGCUGGCUAUUUUUGAGAAGUGGAAGGAAUACAGAGGUCAAACACCAGCACAAGCUGAAACCAAUUACUUGAAUAAAGCCAAAUGGUUAGAAAUGUAUGGCGUUGAUAUGCAUGUGGUCAAGGCUAGAGAUGGGAAUGACUAUAGUUUGGGACUAACCCCAACAGGAGUCCUUGUUUUUGAAGGAGAGACCAAAAUUGGCUUAUUUUUUUGGCCCAAGAUAACCAGAUUGGAUUUUAAGAAGAAUAAAUUAACCCUGGUGGUUGUAGAAGAUGAUGAUCAGGGCAAAGAGCAGGAACAUACAUUCGUCUUCAGAUUGGAUCAUCCAAAAGCAUGCAAACAUUUAUGGAAAUGUGCCGUGGAACACCAUGCCUUCUUUCGCCUCCGAGGCCCAGUCCAAAAGAGUUCUCAUCGAUCGGGAUUUAUUCGACUAGGAUCACGAUUUAGAUAUAGUGGGAAAACUGAGUAUCAGACCACAAAAACCAAUAAAGCACGAAGAUCAACAUCCUUUGAAAGAAGACCCAGCAAACGCUAUUCUCGACGAACUCUACAAAUGAAAGCAAGUACAGCAAAACCUGAAGAACUCAGUGUUCACAAUAAUGUUUCAACUCAGAGUAGUGGCUCCCAGCAGGCUUGGGCUGUGAGAUCUACUCUGCCUGUGGUUCCUUCUGUACCCUCUGGUCCUGUGCUGGCAGAAAUAGAGAAUCUUCCAGUGAAUCCUGGAACGGACCAGCAUGACAGGAAAUGCUUGCCUCUGAAUAUUGAUUUGCUAGAUAGUCCAGACUUAAUGGAAACAACAUCCAUGGGUGAUCUCAUUGGGGCACCUGACGCUCAGGAAACACCCCAAGUGCCAGAUGAAGUUAACAUAGUCCCUGGGCAAACUGGAUUGGAGGAACCUAAAGAGGAAUGCGAGACACUAAAAGAUGCCUCAGAGAAGCUCAGACACCUUGAGUUGGAAGACAGUCCGCUGCUGUCCUCCCGUCCCAGUGUCGACAUCAACGUCAACAACCAGGAGGAGGUGGUGAAGUUGACUGAGAAAUGUCUUAAUAAUGUCAUCGAGAGCCCAGGAUUGAAUGCCAGGAAAGUGCCUCCUGACUUGAAGAGUAACAUUUUGAAAGCUCAGGUAGAAGCAGUGCAUAAGGUUACAAGAGAAGUUAGCUUGUUAAGUCAUAAAAACGCGAAUGUCCAGGGCGCUGCCACAAACAGUGCAGUCGUACAUGAGAAGAACGUGAUCGUCCCUGAAGAUGCUCUUGCUCUGACGCACACCACACCUGCGGCCAACGGUUCUGUUCUUAAGGAUACUACAGAUGAACUGGAUGCCUUGCUUUUAUCUCUGACAGAGAAUCUAAUUGACCACACAGCCCCACCUCAGGUACCUUCAACAUCCAUGAUCACACCACGGUGGAUUGUGCCACAGAGCCGUGUCCUUUCUGAAGGCCUGGCAGGAAGCGGACCGUCCUUGGGGAAGGAGGGACAUGGUAGUAGAGAAGUGGUGUCGCUGAUUUCCCCCCCAGCACCCUUCUUGGUGGACGCUGUGACCAGCUCUGUUCCAACGUUGGCCGAAGAAGCCAUCUUGAAGCAGAAGUGUUUACUGACUACUGAGCUCUGAGGCUUUGGCUCCUUCUCACCUACAACCGGAAUGCCCAACACUCUGCUGCCGUCUGUCCUGGAAUCCACUUCUGCGGGAAUGUGUUGGAUUCAAGAGCUUGUCCUGACUUGUGAGUUAAAAAGCUCACCUAGAUCAGACUUCAGCUCCAUGAGAAACCAUUUUCCGUCCAUCUGGAAGGGCUUAGUUACACUAUAUUUUUUACUAAAUGAGGCUAUCUGGUCUUCUACUUCCUGUAAUUGUAUUUAAGUUGUAAAUUCCUGAAUCAGGAAUUACUUUCCUGUGGUUUCCUUCAGAUUCUUGGCUCCAUCUAGUGGGUGUGACCGUUCAUAACCCUCCCUGAGCAGCUGGCUCUGGUAGUCGGUCUAGCCUUUUGAAUGGUAUUUCUCUCCCUCAUAUCAGGAUGACUGUCCUUGAUCUGAACAUCUGUUAGAGAGGUUGCCCUUAUCCAUAUGAUACCUGGAAAUCAGGAAUUUAGGACAUUAAUGACAUUAUGUAGGUAGAUUAAGGCCUAGCUUGUUUACAGUUAUCACAGUACUAAAGAGACGUUUAGAAUCCAGAAGACUUUCAGAUGUCUCCCAUAUUUUGACUGGACUGGCUAUCUUAAUACUCCAAGGUUUACAUCAAGGCUAAGAUAAACUGCAUAUUUUGUGUCAUGUUUUUUUUUCAGCCCUGCUUCCCUAUAGGAAACACCCACAGGCACCAGACACAUACUCUUAACUUUUCAGACCAGACAGCGACCACAGUCCUGGCCCCACACCGGUACCAGCUUGGACAUGGACUCCAUUUCCCUUUAAUACAGGCUGAAUAAAUUUGGAACUCCUAAACUAAAGAAAAGGAAACAAAACAAAAAUGCCAGGACAGAAGUAGGGAAUCGGGGCAGGGGCGGGGAGAAUUUUGUUUCUUGAACACCUGCCAUGUCUGAAACUACUCUGCUUGCUGAAAGAACUCCUGUCUCACCUUACGUUAGGAAUUUUGUGUUAAUUUUUAAAAAUCUCUGGAAGUUCCUCUUCACUUUUGGUCCCCCAUAAAAAUUCUGGAUAUGAAAGUAGUACGUGCAUGUAUAGAAAACAGCGAAGAUGCAAAAACAACCCCUUGCAAUUCCAACAUCCAAAAAAACACUAUUAUUUUAGCUUUAAAACUUAAGAAUGUGUAAGGCAAACUUCACUUGCUGGGAAUGAGCAUGGUGUGGAAGCCGUGCUGGGUUAGUUGUUAAUCCCUGUGAUCAAGGAUUGAUACCGACCUCGACCUCCUGGAAUUUGAUACUUUGUUUUUCUGCCCUGUGUUAGGUAUGUAACUGAGUGUUAAUUGAUGUUGCUCAGCAUAAAAGAACACCCAGCUGUGUGACCUAGAGCACUCGUGGUUUGGACUGCCCUGGGUUCCCGGAAGCACAGUCCUGUGCUCAGGCACACACACACUAGCAUCUGAUUAGAAAACUCAGGACUUUGAAUUGUGUGUGGUUUCCCAGGGAGCCGUCGAGUGUGGAAACACCUCUUGCACAGACCAGCUUCGGUGAAGGAAAGCAAGUUGGCACAUCUUGCCUCCUCGUAGCCAUUAUGCUAAGCCUGUUAAUUCCAUUGGUGGAGCUCUUGCCAAUUCUUAAUAAUAAAACACAUGUUUUCACAGUUCUCAGUGACAGCUAGAACCAGAGGCCUGGCCCGGGACAUGCUGGACUGGCCAUCAUCUCCAGGGCGUGGCCAGCGCCGUGAGUGAUAGAAGGUUCAGGUCCUGCCUGUGACCACAGAACGGCUAAGGCAUUACUAAUUCCGAAGGCCUCAGCUUCCCUGCCAGGUUAGGAGCUAGUGCCAGCCUCAGCUUGAACUGUCUAAAAUUGAGGAAUAAGUUGUUAAAAAUAGUCUGUAACCUGUGUAUUCUUGCUGGUUAGAAUAUUGAUAGACAUACUUAAAAUGUAUUUAAGUCUCAAGCUAAAAGGAGGAAAUUUUGUCUUCUGUCCUGACAUGAAGUGGUAAACAUGGAAAUUUAUACUUCAGUCAUGAAUUAGCCCGGACAGUUUAGGUAUAAUAACUUCCCUGUCAGGUCUGCUGCUGGCACCUUCCCUCAGAACUGCUGUGACACCGAUCUCGUUGUGCCGAUCUGAGAGCGGAGGGGAGAGGACUGAAGGGCUCAGCAUCCCUGUGAACGUGUCUGAGAGGGAAGCGAAAAGUCAGGCUUUGUGACGAGAGGGAAGGAGCAGAGUAAGGGAUUUGAGGUGGUCCUGGAUCGGAAGGCUUGGCUGGUCACAGCUGCGGUGGCACUGCCCACUGGUGACCUCCAGGACACAGUCCUCCACUACGAAAGAUGAAAACCCACCUGCACAUCUGAAUCCUCGGAUAAACCAACUAGAGCUCAGAUCCUCAGAUGAGCUGAAGUAGCCCCCGUGGCUACUUAAUGACGCUAGUUGGGCAGGAAGUUGUUCUGUAUGUAGAAAGAGGUUCCUAUGCACCUUAGUAAACAUAGCUAAAAAGAAACAUUGGUAAUGUUAUAAUUAAGGCAGGCGUUGAAAAAAGAGGAGGAACAAUACUUUAUUUGAGCGCUCCGGCCAGAAAGCUGUUCGCACUCUUCCGUUGGAAAGGCGCUGGGAGGUGAUUUGUGGCUGAGGCAACAGACCCAGAUUGGCGACGAAUAGCAGGAGGCUGUUAGCCACAGGCUCAGCUCCUCCGCGGGCACAUUCUUCCCCAACUUUCCAGUUCCAGAUUCGACUCCAGUCACUCAUUAGGCUCAGCUGGGAAGGGAGUUGUGCCUACGAGGUGUCCCGGGGCCGCUGCCCCAUCUCCAGGCUUGCCGUGCGUCCCGCUCUAGGGACACUGAGUACAGAGCCACGCAGCAGGUGCUGCUGCCGGCCUCGGGAGAGCAGAAAGGACAGGACUCUCGGGUCAGGCCAUGUGACAGCCCGGGUGGGGAAGGGAGAGGUGGCAGGGCGCUCAAAGUGAGACUGGGAGGCUUCAGCUUUCUGCCCUCAACUCUUCUUCAGAACCUGUAGAGUGAUAAAUGAGACCUUGUCUCUCCCUCCUGUCACAGGGUCCCCUGUGGAGACCCUGGCGCAGGGCGCAUUGCUCGCCUACGCUCGCCCUUCCAGAAGCUCUGCGGAGCGACGGAAUGAGCAGGUUCCUUUGAGCCUGAUAAAUUCAGACCUUCCCUGAACAGCUUUCUUAAGAUGUUGAUAUGUUGUGGGGGAAAUUCCAUUUAAAAGUAUUUCUUACAGCCUGCUGUUUGCACCUUCAUCUGCUUUUCUACCAUCACAGAUGUUCUGUGGACACUUGAGGACGAAGGCCCUGGGUUGUACCUGGCAUCUUGACUGCUUGUUCUUGUGUGUCACCCAGUUUGGGCUAAAACCAGUGCCUCUGUCUUACAUAAGUUCUUGUGUCGCUUCAGAGGCCUUUUUAGGACAGAAUUAUUUUUCAGUCACUUGCAUAGAGAAAAAUCGCCCAUAUUUUUCUAUAAGGGUCCUGAGAAGCCUUCUCACUGAGCAGGGCUGGGCAAAGGUUUUCUGUGAAGAGCAGAGAUAAUACCUCACUGCUCAGCUGUGCUGUUGCACAGAAGCACCAAGACAAGAGCAGAUGCGUGGGCCACUGUGUUCCGGGAGGUUCAUUUACAGAAACAGAUGCCACUUCCAACUCCAGGCUUCAUGGCAGGGCAGAGUGGCUCCCUGGGGUCAGCCAAGCGUUCCGAUAGAUCCUCCAGCAUCAGCUGCCCCUGCGGGGCACCCAACAUGUCCGGAUGUUGGCGUCCUCAUCUGCACAGGGACAGGGCGCGGUCAUGGGCCUCCCAGUUCUGGGUGUCUGUGAGGCCUCACCGCUUUCUCAUUAAUCUUGCCUGCAGCCUUUUGGUUGCUUGGAAACCUGGAAUCUUCUGCAGACUGAAGAAUGUACAUUUCUAUAUUAUUUGGCCUUCUUUCCUCUCAAAAAUUUAAACACUCUGGUUUUUGGAUGAUCCGACGAAAAUUGGAAGCUCUUCCUAUCUAUCAGCCUUCAAGGUGAGGACAUUUGUUUGGAUUAUAGAAAUGUGUCCUGAGCCUGAGUCUGCUGUGUGAACAUGUGCUUGAGCUGGAGUUAUUCCACUUUCAGGAGAGGCUACGUGAGUCUCUUUAUCACAUUGCUUGAGACAGUCAUUCAGUCACUUCCCAGGAUUGGUUUUUAUCAGCGAGGUGGUUUCCUACAGACCCCUUGCUCUCUUUAUUUUCACAAAUAAAUUUUCUUACCUGGGUAUGAUAGACAGUUUAAAGGACCUCACUAACUAUUUUGUGUUUACUUUUUAUAUGUGUAAAGCUUUGCAGUAGCUUUUGAAGUAUAAUUUAUUUUUGUAUCAAGUGCACUAUUCAUCCGUUGUGUCCCACAGCUGUACAUCCCAUCUUAGAAGCACUGCCCUGAACUGAGUUGUUUGUAUCCUGACGUGACAGCCGUAGAUGUGACCACAAAUAAAGCUUUUGUGAAACAC